GGAAAUCCAUGGCGGAGGAGGGAAAGGAAGACUUCAGCGCAGGUCCGCUGUCGCUGCUCGCGGACUCGGUCAGAAAGAACUGCCAGGUUCUCAUCAAUUGCAGGAACAACCGAAAGCUACUUGCGCGCGUCAAGGCUUUCGACAGGCAUUGCAAUAUGGUUCUUGAGAAUGUCAAGGAGAUGUGGACCGAAGCUCCACGUACUGGGAAGGGGAAAGCCAAGUCAAAACCAGUGAAUAAGGAUCGCUUCAUCAGCAAGAUGUUCUUGCGUGGUGACUCGGUUAUCAUGGUCCUCAAAAAUCCAGUGUAAAUUCUGUACAGCCUCAUACAAUCCGAGUCUACUUGCCUGAUGCUUUCGAGUUGUGUUUGGGAUACCGGGAGAUGAUACAUUAUGAGUUGAAAGUUUGUAUUGCUGUGCUAGAUCUAUUGAAUGAAAACAUCUGCUUUAGCUCUCAGCAAUACGAGACGUUGGCUCCAUAUCCUGCCGUGAUGCUUGUGGACCCACAACUCUCAGCUAUCAACGUGUUACUUUAAACCGUGGUUUCACUUCAUCAAGGCUUCCUUCAACUUGGGAAAUCUCUUUCCCUGCUGCUCUGACUGGCGAAAGUCGAGCUGACACUCCGUGUACGCACUUCCCAAUCCAGCUCCAGUGCUCAGCCAUGUCAGCAUUUUGCGACCACCAUGUCCUUUGCGUAAAAGCAACAUGCCCAACAGGCUGCCAGCAGCAGCUCCUCCUGCGGUACGCAAAAUCGUCCUCUGUAGACAGCGAUCAGCAAUCGCUGCCGUUUCCUCUUCAGGCUGAAAAUCCCUCAUUCCAAAUUGAACUCUUGAAUCAAUGAAAGAGGAUGUAGAAAUUGUCGCAGUCUCUCGCUUCUGCAGCACUGCAACACCGUCUCAGACUUGCUCUCUUCUCCUUUCCCUCUGCUGCACGUUGUUUGUUCCAGCGCUUCUGUCUCCUCCUUCGUCCGGACCUCGGUCAGUUCGCCGCCGCGGCCAUCACGCUGUCUCCUA